CAUUUUGUCUCCAAAUGUUACACGACUGCUACCUCCAGUACGGACUUUACGCAGCUGGUAAGUUGACGCACGCAGUAAGCGCAGUGCUGCAAUCCGGAAGAGGCAACAAGACUGCCGUGCCAGCGGGUGGAGGUGCACUUCCUGCUCAAUCCACUUUUCCCUUCGAUUUCUUCUUUAAGUUGACAAGGGCGUUGUGGUUUGAACGUUUUGGUAUUAAACCGACAUCUCUGAUUUCAUCUCCCUUCAUAAUGGACGGGUUUUCACUGGAAGAUGCUUUACCUGCAGAUUCAACAGGCAAAGCUUCAAAUGUGAGCAACACCAAGCCAACAGCAGACGCCAGUUUUGGGAUGCCUACUUCGAACCCUUGGAGUAACACACCUGGUGCCCCACAACACCCUCACCCCUCUGGUCCAGCAUUCACAGGUCAACCUUCUGCUCCGGGUCAGUUUCCAGGUGCCCCUGGAGGACAAGGACCUUAUGCUCCAGGUGGUCCUGCUGCACAUCCUGGCUCUUUACCCUACUCUAACCCUAAUAUGCCUUUCCUGCCUCCCACUGGACAGCCAGAUGCAGGUCCAUUUGGGCCUUCUGUACCUGGAGGAUUUCCUUUUGCCUCUGGCCCCUACGCUAGCUUUCCUGGGACUGCCUUUCCUAGUGGUCCUUUUGGCCCUCCUUCUGGCAAUUGGGGCAUGCAACCUUCACCAAAUCUCCCCUGUCCUCCUGGCCCAGCUGUUGGACCCUGGGGACCAUUGCCAACACCCUCAGGUCCCAAUCCACCUUCUGGAGGUGCCUGUGGACCUGCUGCUCCUCCAGUUGGACCUAGUGGUUCUCUGCCAGUUCCCUUUGAGUUUCCUCUGCAGGCUGGAGUGAUGCCAAGAUUGCUAAUCACUGUGAUGGGAGAAUUCAAGAAGAAUGGUGAAAGAUUCCAGAUUGACUUUACAAAGGGCCCAGAUGUAGUUUUCCACUUUAAUCCUCGAAUCAGAGAACGAGCAGUGGUCAGAAAUGCAUACCUAAAUGGAAGAUGGGGUCCAGAAGAGAGGCAAGGAGGUUUCCCAUUUGAACAAGGAAAGAAAUUUGAGGUUAAAAUUCUGUGUGAAGCUGACAUGUUCAAAGUCGCAGUGAAUGGUGCUCAUCUACUGGAGUACAGGCAUCGUUUCAAGAACCUGAAAGAAAUCACACUGUUGCGUGUCUCUGGAGAUUUGACACUAUCGAGUGUAAUUCCUACAAUGGUUUAACUGAUGCAGAACUUAUGCUACAGAUGAAUUUCUCUUUUGCAGACUGCCAAAGUAAUUUUCUUUCCUUGUACCACAUUACAUUCUGCAAGGACUGUGGAAGUCACAGGGAAACCUUUGCUAAACUAGGUUGUAGGAAUAAGGUGGUUUUUUUUCACUGAAUAUUUAAUUACAGUAUAGAACAUACAUUACAGAAUAUAUGGAAUACAAUAUGGAAUUAUUUGGUAUGCAAAAAUUCUUGCCAAUAAAUGGAAAUAAGAGUUUGCAGUUACCCCUUUUGCUUGAUUUUUUUUUGGCUUGUUAAUUUUGGCAGCCUUAAUGACGCAAGCUUAGAUUGGGUCUUUGGAUAUAAAAUCCUUAUGAUUCUUUGAUUUACAUUGUUGUUGCAAUGAGGUAGAAGUUCUUUAAAAUUACUGGACUUUAAACGCCGUGGUUGGUAAGCAUGCUACAGCAUAAAAA